UUAACGUAAUAUAUAAUUUGUUAUUACGUCUUUCAAAUUAAUAUUUUAUAAAGCGUAUUUAAAGAAAAAAAAAAAGAAAAAAGAAAAAAGAGAAAAAAAACAAUAAGAAAAAUUUAAUUCGUAAAAGACAAUAAUUUAUCUCGCAUAGAUAAAUCGGAUGCAACAAAGACAAAAUCUUCGUCAAAUCGCAUAGAUCGUAUUUCCUCGAAGGAUUGCAGAAGGAUUAAAUAAUAAUUCUGAUAUGCAAGCAUUCGAUUCUGCAUAUUAGAGAGAUAUAAAAAGAAAUUCGAACGAAUGAUUCAAUUUAUUCGCGUAUCGUAAUCUUAAUCUUGACUUAAAUCGAUUUAAGCAUAUAGAGCUUCGAUCAAAAUAAUUAUCAAUGAAAAAGAAUCAAUAAAAAUUAAAUAUGAUGAUUUGUUUAAUCGUGGUAAAGAAAAGAAAAAAAAAUCGAUAGAAUUAUAAGAAAUGAUUUAAUCGGUAGUAUAGGUUGUUGUUAUUUCUUAUUACGUAAGUUCUUAUCCCGCUUAUUGUUAGAAAGAGGAAUCUGUCACACCAUUCACUACACAUGAUUAUCUACGCAGUACAACUUCGAUAACAUUCGGUUACGUUCGACUUUUCUCGUCUAUCGGCUCUACAGAAAUGUCCGAUGCGACGAAAGAGGAGACAGUGCGGCUCACGAGUCACGACGGCCGUAUACUACGUAGUGCUGUUUAUAUUGUUCUGAGAGUGGGUGUUAGUUGUUUUUUCGUUAAUUCAUUCAUUCGUUCGUUCGUUCGUACGUUCAUUCGCUCGUUCGUUCAUUUAUUCGUUCGCUUGAUUGUUCGCGAUUCGUAUCAUUCUUUUUUUCUUUGAUUUACGAAGAAUACGUAACAUCAUGAGAAAGGAACAUUGCAUUUUAGUUUCUUACGGACUGGACGAAGACGAUGAUAUUUUAAAUGAGAGCACAUCCGAUCCGAAAGGAGAAGAAAUCCAAAAACUUAGCGUUAUACAAAAUUUACCAAAUCUUUUAGCUACAGACGCGCAGUCAUGUAUGUCAAGGGUAGUUCCCAAAAUGCAGCAAAUUCUUCCUACUGCUUCUACAGAAUGUCAUAUUGCUGCUUCAUCAACAUUCAAAACUAUAUUAGAACGAAAGCUUAUCAGCCAUAGUAUCUUUAGUCAAACAUUCCUACCAAGUAUAUUAAACUCACUUGAAAGUCAUGAUCCAGUGAUAUGUCAUGCAUGGCUGGAGACCUUAUUGGAUGUGAUAGAUUUAAUGCCAAUAGAAGUCAUAAAAACACAGAUUCUUCCAAUGGCCAUAAGUAAAGGGCAACUGUCACAACCAGUUUACUCUAGGAUGAUGUGUAGCAGACUAUUAGGAAAAAUUUGUGCAAGAUUUAAUUCCGAUAUGAUACAUAAAGAAGUUCUACCAACAGUACAGUCCCUUUGUCAAGAUGUGAAUAGUGAAGUACGAGCUAGUAUUUGUUUACAACUACGUUUUGUUGCUGAGGGCCUUGGUACUGAGUCUUUAAAACCUUUUUUGCUACCAUCUCUUGUAGAAUUAGCAAGGGAUGAGGAAAGCAAUGUACGGUACGCAUCUGUACAGACAAUAGUAUACCUGCUACCUCAUUUUCAAGAUGAUACAAUAAAAACCAUCAUAGGUCCACUUAUCAAAAAAUUAUGUGAAAGUGCUACUAAAUUAGAAGAUAACGUGAUAUGUAUAAUUGCUCAGGAAUUUGGAAAGCUUGUUCUUGGUUUAGAAAAAUAUCUAUCACCUGCAGAAAAGUCAUGGUUCUUGAAGUAUUUUCAACAACUUGCACAAAUGGGUAUUCCAUCUAUGAGGAAACAAAUUAAACCAGACCUUCCUCUACUUGAUAGUAAUUCUAUUGAUUAUGAAAGAUGCUUGGAAUGUCGACGAUGUUGCGCAUUUAAUCUACCUGCUAUGUUCAUCUUUACAUCAGCUUCUUUAGAAGAUGUAGAUUCUUUACUUUCUACUUUUAGUGCUUUAACCAAUGAUUCUUAUUAUAUAAUUAGAAGAACAGUUGCAAGUGGAAUCCACGAAGUUGCGAAAAUAUUAGGAAUGAAAAGUGGCAGAAUCAAAGCUGAUUUCGUAAAAUUGCUAAAGGAUGAUCCUGAGGAAGUAUUACAAAAAUUAGUUCCGAACAUAUCAUCAACACUUGAAUCUUUAGUUGAAAGUCAAAUUAUUGGAACAGAUAAAAUGGAUUCUACUUUAAUGGAAAUAGGCAGAGCUUUGUUGAAAUGUGAAGCAGAAAUUGCAUCCACAAAUAACUGGAGACUGGCUUCUACUAUGCAUGCACAACUUGAAAUAUUGCCCAAAUGUUUUCCCAGUGACUUUAUAUUUUCUUAUUUUGUACCAGUGAGUUCAUCUAGAAUCUUACAUGCAAGGCCAUUACCAGUGCGUCUUGCCGCCGGAAGAUCGCUUCUUGUCUUUCUACGGUACAAUACUAAGCUUAUGCAAAGAGCAGAACUUAGAAACAGAAUCAAUGUUGAACUAGCUAAUAAUCCCGAUUGUUAUGUGAGAAUGAUGUUCGUCCGUAUGAUGGUAGAAGCAUUGGCUAUGUAUUCUUCUACCUAUUUUAAAGAGCACUUUUUUACUAUAUUAUUAAAUCUUACUGAGGAUUCUGUAGCUAACAUCAGAUUAAAAGUAGUGUCUUUAUUACCCAUUUUAAAAAGUCAACUUUGGAUACCUGCAGAUAAAAAAUUAUUGACAGCAUUGGAAGCAACAGUCAGACAUUUACUGACCAAUGAAAAGGAUAAAGAUGUAAUAGCUACGUUAACGAGCGUCGUUCAGAAGUUAGAACAAACGGAUGUCAGAUAUGAAAGGCAGAGUGUUGCAAAUAAAAUAACUAAGCAAGAUUUAGAGGAUGCUAAAAAAUUAGAUGAAGAAAAAAAACUAUUGAGUUUAAGCACUGGAAAGUCUCCUACUUCUGCUGGAACAACUUCGAAAAAAACUAUCAGUCCUCCUGUACGAGGACGAGUAAUAGAAGGAACAACAAAAACUCUACCACACCCUCGAACGAAAGUAGAGCAGUCUCCGCAAUCAGUUAAAGUACAUAAUGUAACUAAAUCACCACCUGUGAAACAUAUUACAACUCCUCGAACAGAAGCUUUAAAGAACAGUAUUUCUAGCAGCAACUUAACAAGAGAUUGGUCUAACAAAAUCCACCUGAUACAGUAUCUGGAAAGAAUGGGUCAAUCCUCUUCAACCAUUAAUGUAUCCUCUUCAUUUAGAUGGCCAUAUAUGUGUGAUCUUGAACAUAAGGGAUUUACAUCUCAUUCUACAUGUUAUAAUAUAGAUCCACAAUACUUGUAUCCUAGAAGUAAACUAAAACAAGAUAUUCUAAAAAGUAUCCUACCAACAGAUCCUUACUCGCAAAAAGCUUCUACUAACAUUGUUGUCGGUGAUAAAACACCAACCAUUGCAAACUUUCCCAUGAAUUAUAACAACUCUUGUUGGGCUUCUAGUUCUGUGCAUGAGAUACCUGUAACACUGUCAGACAACGAGUUCCUAGUGGAUGCAGGUAUUAGAAUACCAAAACUUUCUUCACCCAAAAAUACACCAAAGUGUCCAGUGGAAAACUUAAAAAUAGCCAUUACAAGAAUGAAAAGAGAGACCGAUGGGGAGCAAUCUUGGAGAAGCAGUGCAAGUUAUAAAGGAAUAGAACCUAAAAGACAUUCUUCCAUUGAAUAUGAGGACCAUACCAAAACAAUUGCAAAUAUGACUGAUCAAUUGAAAACUAUACGUUCUAUGGAUUAUGUAGAAGGUUUAAGACAUCGAAAUAUGUUAAAGGAAAAUUCGAAUGAGCAGUCGAUAGUUAAUUCAGAAUCAAAAACUGAAAGAUAUUCAGUAUUCCGUCGUAAAUUAAAAUUUGGAUUUGAUGCGAAUCAAGGAAGAUCUAUAGACGACAAAGUUAAGAGAAAUUCUUUAAUAUUAGAUAAAGAUAGAACAAAAAUUACCCAACCAAAAUGUACAAUAGAAAGUCUUAAACGACAUUCUAUGAAUUCUGGUUUGAAACACCCAGACUAUUCUAAGGAUUCUAAACAAAAGUUCAAACGACAUAGUUUAGAUAUGACAGAUUAUUUUGGUCGAAACUUAAGACGAUAUUCAACUUUGGAUGUAAAUCAUAAUCAAGGAGUUAGUAAAAUUCCCCUAAGAGGUGUUGUAUCAGGUAGUAGAACAGCACCAACUACUAGAGCUUCCAGUCCUGUUUGUUUAGGAUCUAUAAUCAGGUUUAAUAGUGAAGAGAUCGAAGAUGUCCCAAGUUCUACUACCGAACGGCAUUUAACAAGAAGUUUAAGUAAUGAACAGCUCAAUAAAAUACGUCGUAUACUUGUACUUUCACGUAAUACACUAGUUAAUACAGCUGGAACUCCAAGAAGUAGAGAUAGUAAAUUACCUGUACGUUUACUAAAGAAAAAAAUUUGAAAAAUAUUACGUAAUUGACGCCCUCAAAUGCAUUUGAUAUAAUGCACAAAAAUUUCUACAUACUGAUCCAAUUUUCACAAAAAUAUUGAAUCAAAAUAACUAUUUAAAUAAGAUAUAAUUCAUACUAAAUUUCAUUUCAAGAAAAGAUAGUUUUAAUUAUAAUUUUAUGCAAAUUCCAUAGGCAUCAAUAUUUACUUUAUAAUGAAUGCACACAUCUCUCGCAGUACUAAUUUUUAUAAAUCGUAUAACGAUUUAUUUAAAAAACAACAAAAAUCUACAUAUCCAAUAUGUAUUAUUUUUCAUUAUUUCUGAUGAUUAUUGAUGACAAGCAUGCGUAUUCGCAUCUAGAAACAUAAAAUGAAAAGAUUUUAUUUCUGCAAAUAAUAGUAUAUUUCUAAAAUUUAGCAUAAUGCUUUCAUAAGCAGGAGAAUCUUUUUAAGCAUUUUAUAUUAGCAUACAUGUUACUUAUCAUUUUUCUAACAUGUUUUCGAUAAUUGAACAAGAUAUAUUUUUAUGAUAUUUAUCAUUGAGUUUUAUUAUUGUUGUGUUUGUAUCUUUUUGACAAAGCGACAUAAUUUAUAAAAUCAUUAUAAUUUUUUAAUUGAAAAUGAAUAGUUUAAUACUAAAUAUAUUUUUUUUUAUAAUGAUGAUGAAAAAUAUUUAAUUGUUUCGAUUUGAUUUACAAUAAUGUUUUGCAUUUUAACAUAUGAACAUAUUAUUUAUCUUUUAUUCUUCAAAGUACUUACUUUUAAUAAUUACAUUGCUUUCUAAUUUUAACAAAACUAACAUAAAAUUAUUCUUCAUAAAUAGUAGUUUUUAUAAUACUGUUAAAAAUAUGCUAUCAUUUAGCAAAUAGAAAUUGGGGUGCCUGCUUAUAUUGUAAGAUUAUAUUAAAUUUAAUGAUUGAAAAAUUUGAUGAAAGAAGGACAAUUAUCUCUAAGUGUAUUAAUAGCAGCAUGAUAAACUUAUAUUUCUUAGAAGUUAUAAAUCAUAUUUAUUAAUAAAAAGACCUUAUAUUAAGGAAACAAAUAACUAAGAAGAAUUAAAUAAUGGAAAAUAGGAUUACAGUAUUGUAAAUGCUAGUACUAAUCUAGUCCAUAUAAAUAUAAAAAAGAAGAAUAUAUAAUUUUGAUAAUAUUCUUCAAUUAGGAUUUUAUUUGUUUACUUCUCAUA